AUGAUUCGCCCCCGAUCGUCUCGUCGCGCCACUGGGAUCGCCCACUCACCGCGCGCUGCUGCGCGCCGCACCCCGCUGCUCCGCGUGCUGCUCGUCGCCGCGCUGCUGCUGCUGCCGCUCCUCGUCUUCUGUCGCCUCCGCUGGUCUGCCUUCCAGCCUCCUCGGCAAUCCUCCGCCUUUCCCGCCGGAAAUUCUCCCUCCGCCGCAUCAGCUGCGCGCGCCCUCUCCCGCCCAUGGCGCGCGCGGCGUGGCGGCGGGGCCUCGGAGGACGAGCUAUCGAAGGCGGCCGCGGCGCAAGAGGCGCUCGGGGACGUCGCGGCGCAGACGGACGGGGAUGCGCAAGCGGGUGAGGCGCAAGCGCAGGAGGGGCGGAAAUUGGGGAGCGGAGGAGAUGAAGGGGGCAGCGGGGCAGGGGAGGCGGGGCAUGGGGAAGAAGGUGAAGGCAGCGCGGCAGCGGAAGGCGCGGAGGGUGAAGCGGGCAGCGGCGGAGUGACGGCAUGGACAGCAGCGUACGGGCUGGAGCACCGCUGGAGUGCUCCCACUUCCAUCUCCCUGCCGCCCGCCGUCGCUGCUCACAUUGCCGCCAGGCGGAGGAGGAGGAGGACGCAGGGAAGAGGCAAGCGAGAGGGGGGGCGGACAGGGCAAGGGGUGGGGGAGCGAGAGCAGGAGGGCGAGGAUAGCGGGGAUGCAGGCGGGGGCAGUGGUGGCGUGCCUCCUGCGCCGCACCUGGUGGCGUGUGAGGCGGCAGCAGCGCAGCAGCGCCUGCUGGAGCAGCGCCUGCCCGACGGCUCGCCCCCGCCCUGGGCUGCCCCUGCUGCCGCCGCCACUGCCGCCGCUGCUGCCGAGGCUGCAGACCCCAAGGGGCUCCACGAGGGGCUGAGAGGGGCGGGCCGUGGGGAAGGAGACGAGCGCCGUGAGGCAGGGCAGUUGGGGCGCAAGCAGCAGGAGCGGUGGACCACCGUUCCUCAGACGCCGUGGGUGCAGGGCAGCGAUGCGGACAACCUGCCAUUCACACGCGUGGUGCAGGCGGCGCUGUGGCUGCACCAGUUCCCACGCGACUGCGAGCACGGUGCGCACCGCUUCCUGCUGUACCAGUGGCCGGGCGAGGGCGACCACGGGCUGGGCUCCGACGUGCACCUGCUGUCCGUGGCCAUGGGCGUGGCGCUCGCCACAGGCCGCAUCCUCGUGCCGCACCGCAACUUCUUCCGCGCCCACCACGACGCCUGCUCCGGCGAGGCGGAGGGGUCACUGGCAUGCUACUUCGCACCGCUCACCCACGCGCACUGUGAGGCAGCGGUGGCGGCGCUGGUGGCGGCGCAGCCAGAGCUGGUGGUGCCGCCGGGCAUGGAGGGCAGUGCGGGCGAGGGCGUGGAGCGGUGGGUGGCGGGCAUGGUGGUGGACUGCCACGAGGUCAUGCACGCCCUGCUGCUCCAGCUGCGCGGCCCUCAGCCUGUGGUCAUGCUGCCUCUCUGCGCACCCUCCCACCUGCUGCAUGCCGUGCCGGGGUGGUGGGGCAGGCCAUGGGAGGCAGUGCCGCGGUCAGAGGAGGUGGUGGGCGACAGCACCCUGGCGGGGGCGCGCCAGUGGAACAGGGUGAGCUGGUGGCGCGCUCAGACCACCCGCUUUGCCAUGCGCUGGCCCUCGCCCUACCUCUGCCACGUCACCAACAUCGCACGCCAUGCCGCUUUUGGCCCACUCACCGCGCGACAAGUGGUCGCAGGAGAGGCGGCGAAACGGGCGGCAGAGCGCAUGAUGGCAGUCGCCAACCGCACUCAGUAUGAGCGGCUCAUGGGCGGCAUCGCGUGGCAGUCUCUGCCUUUCUCAGGGGGGAUUUGGGACGUGAGCAACACACAGGCUGCUGCUGCUGGUGGUGGUAGCAGUGGUGCGAGCAGCGGUGGGGCUGCCACACUGGCGUUCGCAGGCAGUGCGUGGUCGUCCCUGGUGUACGCGCCCCCGUACGUGCCACGACCCCUGCUCAGCAUGCAUGUGCGCGCGGGGGACAAGGGAUCGGAGAUGGAGUUGUUUCCCAUGGCGGCAUACAUGGUGCUGGCAGCGCGUGUGCGCAUGAAAGACCCCUCGCUGCACCACGUGUGGCUCAGCACCGAGAUGCAGGCAGUGGUGGACGAGGCGGCGCGCUUCCCCGGGUGGACGUUCCACCACACGCGCAACCCACGGGUGGGCGGGGGCAGCACGGCCAUGGUGCACUUUGAGAGUGCGCUGGGCCAUGAGCUGGCGGGUGCUGUGUCGCUGGCGAACCUGGCGGUGGCGGCUAUGGCGGACUACUACGUGGGCGCGCUGGGGUCCAACUGGAACCGCCUCAUUAACGAGCUGCGCGUCACGGGCGGCCGCCUCAAGGCGGGGUACCUCUCUGUCAACUACGACGAGCUGUAG